AUGGAGGUGGAGGCCGUGGAAUCAAACGCCUCGCGCGGCGGCGCCGAUCACCGGCCGUCGUCCAAGAAGGAUCGCCGGGUUUUCUGGGCCUGCGUCUUCAUCUUCGUGAACAGCUGCUUCCAGUGCACCGCCUACUUCGGCGUCUCGACGAACCUGGUGAACUACCUCAAGGACCGGCUGCACCAGGACAGCAAGGCCGCCGCCAACAGCGUCACCAACUGGCAGGGCACCAGCUCCAUCAUGGCGCUCGUCGCCGCCUUCCUCGCCGACGCCUUCCUCGGCAGAUACUGGACCAUCGCGAUCUUCAUGCUCAUCUCCGUCGUGGCCUACGCCGUGCUGACGGUGAGCGCGGCGGCGGCGCUGCCGGGAGCGGCAUUGUUCUACGCGGGGCUGUACCUGCUGGCGCUGGGCGGCGCGCUGCAGCCGGUGCUGACGUCGUUCGGGGCGGACCAGUUCGACGAGUCCGACGAGGAGGAGCGCCGCCGGCAGAGCUCCUUCUUCAACUGGUUCUACCAGACCCUCAACGUGGGCUCGCUCGUCGGCGGCACCGUGCUGGUGUGGGUGCAGUCCAGCGUAGGCUGGGGGCUCGGGUACGGCAUCCCGGCGCUGUUCAGCGUGCUGGCCGUCGCGGUGUUCCUCGCCGGAACCGGCGCGUACCGGCGGCACCAGCCGCCGGGCGGCAGCCCGCUCACCAGGGUCGCGCAGGUGGUCGUCGCCGCAGUCAGGAAGUACGGCGUCGAGGUGCCGGCAGACGCGUCGGUGCUGUACGAGUGCGAGACCGACGACGGCAUGUCCGCGAUACAGGGGAGCCGUCGGCUCGCGCACACCGACCAGUUCAGGUUCUUGGACAAGGCAGCGGUGGAGACAGCGGGCGACAAGACGCGGCCGAGCCCGUGGCGACUGUGCACGGUGACGCAGGUGGAGGAGCUCAAGUGCGUGCUCCGGCUGCUGCCAGUGUUGGCGAGCGGCAUCGUCUUCGCGGCUGCGUACGCGCAGAUGUCCAGCACGUUCAUCCUCCAGGGCGACACGCUGGACCCCUACGUCGGCGGCUUCCGCGUGCCGGCCGCCGUGCUCUCCGUCUCUGAAACCCUCAGCGUCAUGCUCUGGGUGCCCCUCUACGACCGCGUCAUCGUCCCUCUCGCGCGCCGCGCCACGGGCCGCGACCGCGGGUUCUCGCAGCUGGCGCGCAUGGGCGUCGGCCUCGUCGUGCUGACCGCCGCGAUGCUCGCCGCGGGGACGCUCGAGGUGCAGCGCCGCCGCGUCGUCGCGCGGCACGGCAUGUACGACACCAACACGGGCGCGGACGGGAGGUACCUGCCCAUGUCCAUCUUCUGGCAGGUGCCGCAGUACGUGGUGGUGGGCGCGUCGGAGGUGUUCACGUUCAUCGGCCAGAUGGAGUUCUUCUACGACCAGGCGCCCGACGCUAUGCGCAGCCUCUGCUCGGGCCUCUCCAUGACGUCGUUCGCGCUGGGGAACUACGUGAGCUCGGCGCUCGUGACGGUGGUGGCGCGCGCGACGGCGCGGGGCGGGCGGGACGGGUGGAUCCCCGACGACAUCAACCGGGGGCACCUCGACAACUUCUUCUGGCUGCUCGCCAUGCUCUGCAUCGGCAACUUCGGCGUCUACCUGCUCAUCGCGAGGUGGUACACCUACAAGAAGACCGUGGAUUAGAGAUCGCCGCCAGAUCAUCUCUGUUGGGUUCAUAUGGAAGUAUGGAUUAGCGCGACCUGCUAGUGCUCCAACGGUUUGAAUCAAUUGAAGAGGUUUCCCACUGGAAAUGGUGAUGAA